AUGGCUUGGUAUACUCCGAUUCCACAGAACGACCCCCCUAGUUCCCGGGCUGCACAUUCUUGUGACAAGGUCAAUAAUAAUCUCUACAUUUUCGGAGGUUGGAAUGGUAAAAAUGCUCUCAAUGAUCUCUAUGUUCUGGAUAUCGACAAAUACAUCUGGAGUGACCCUGAAACUUUUGGUCCCACUCCUGCAUGCAGAAAUAAUCAUACAACUGCUGUCUAUGGGGACAAAAUUUACUUUCACGGAGGUCAUGAUGGCAAUUAAUGGCUUGAUGAUUUGUAUGUUUUGAAUACCUCCUCUAUGAUUUGGUAAAAACCAAAAGUAUCAGGUCAAAAACCAUCUGCUAGAGCUUGCCACACCAUGUCCAGAGUUGGCAGAAAGUUAUAUAUGUUUGGUGGUUAUGAUGGAGAUAAAUGCUUCAAUGAUAUUGAUAUUUUGGAUCUAGACACAGUGACAUGGAUAAAGCCUCCAGUAUCUGGAAUUUAACCAAUGGCUAGAAAUGCUCAUACAAUGACAGUUUUGGGUACUAAGCUGUAUCUCUUUGGAGGACACUCGGGAAACAAGCAUCUUAAAGAUUUGCAUAUAUUUGACACAGAAACUCUCUCUUGGACUGAGCCACUUAUUUUUGGAAGUCCUCCUAAAGGACUUAGAGGUCACACUGCUAGUUUGAUUGGCAACAAGAUUUAUCUAUUUGGAGGCUACGAUGGCAGAGGCAGAUCGUUUAAGAAGAUUAUCCCUUCGAAUGACCUUUACGUCCUUAAUACUGACACUAUGAGAUGGAGCCAUCCAACUGAAAGUGAAAAAGCACCUGCUGGCAGACAAAGACAUACUGCUUGUGUGAUUGGAACUAAGCAACUAUUUAUUUUUGGUGGAUUUGAUGGAUGCAAAUGGCUAAAUGAUAUAUGCGUCUUAGACAUUGGUAAACUUGAGGAGAGCGAAAUAAAUAAUGAAGCAGUGAGUUCGCUUAUUCAAAACAUGAGGAAAAUAAUAAAUAAUCCGACUUUUGCCGACGUUGUAUUCCUAGUAGAAGGCAAGUAGAUAUACGCUCAUAAAGCUAUCCUCUCAGCUUAGUGUGAACACUUUAGAGCGAUGUUUAUGAAUGGUAUGAAGGAGACUAGUUAGUCUUAAAUUGAUGUCUAGGACUGGAGUUACAACUCUUAUUUAUUCAUGAUGGAAUAUCUUUAUAGCGGGAGUAUUCAGAGUUUCAGCAAAUAAGUGGCCUUGGAUCUCCUUGGACUCGCAGAUGCUUAUAUGCUUGAAGGUCUUAAAUAUUUAUGUGAAAACACUUUGAUGCACAAUGUGGACAACGACAACGUAUGCUCUUUGCUCAUUGAUGCCAAUAAAUACGCAGCUCAGGAACUGAAGAAAUUCUGCUUGAACUACUUAAUGAAGAACUUUCCAGAGGUUAGCAAAACCUAGGCAUUUGAGGAAUUGGAAUACUACCCGAGCUUACUCAUGGAAGUCACUAAGCUUGUUUUCAAUAAUGUCAACUCCAAGGAGAUUUCUUAGUGA